GUAAACUUCACCUCCUGUGCUGCUCGCAUACACACACACACACACACACAUACAUGCGCUUACACACGCCUACCAAGUAGAACUUCACCCUCUUCCCCAGCAGCAGGCCAUACACUGGGAGCUGGAACUAGAGCAGGCUGCUGCCGAAAGGGUGUGUGCUCUGUGCAUACUCAGCACCGCCAGGACAGGAGCACAGAUCAGAAGCUGACCUUUCCUUCAACCUCACACACACAGACAAACACACACACAUACACAUAUACAAACCCACACACCUCACGGAGGGGUCACCGUGCCCAGGCUCUUUUCUGAGCACAUUCAUUCACACACCCGCAUGCUCCUACACAUGUUCAGCUGGAGUGUACUGUAUUGAAGAGAGAGGUCUGGAGGAGGUUCUUCUGAACGGAUAGAGCUGCUGGAGAUCUCGCAGCUGCUGGAACUUUCUGUGUUUCAAAUACACUCAGAAUGGACUUCCCCAGCAUGGUGGACAACAUCUAAAGACCCAUUGCCAGUGUGAUUACCGCCGCUAAGGGGACUUGCAGUGUUAAAAGACCCUCAUAUUGGAGUUUAUCAGAUUUUAAAGGAGUUAAGAGAGUGAACGAGUGGAAUGAUGUCUCCGUUUCUGAGGAUUGGUUUCUCCAGCUUUGAAAUGGACCCUGGACUAGCCUACCAUGAGGAGGUGCUCAACCCCUACUGUGCAGUCUACAUGAAAGAGGCUGUGGAGACAGAAAAGGGUCAGGUGUAUAAACAGAAGAGGCCCACCAUGUACCCGCCGUGGAGCAGCACGUUUGAUGCUCACGUCCACAGGGGUCGAGUGAUGCACGUGGUGGUCAAAGACAAGACGGCCGAGCUGAAGACUGAGGCCACCGUCCAGCUGGACACACUCGCCUCCCGCUGCAAGAAGGAGAACGGAAAACUGGAGAUAUGGGUGGAACUGAAGCCUCAGGGCCGUCUGCUGAUGGAGGCCCGAUACUUCUUAGAGAGAAGUGAUGCGGGUCAUGGUGAGGGAGAUGGGGAGACUGAGAGGGAGAAGGAGGGAGUGUUUGCGCUGCAUCAGCGCCGAGGGGCUAUCAAACAGGCUAAAGUUCACGUGGUGAAGUGCCACGAAUUCACCGCCACAUUUUUUCCACAGCCCACAUUCUGCUCCGUCUGUAAAGAGUUUGUCUGGGGGCUGAAUAAACAAGGAUAUCAGUGCCGACAAUGUAACGCUGCCAUCCAUAAGAAGUGCAUUGACAAAGUGAUCGCUAAAUGUACAGGCUCAGCCAUCAACAGUAAAGAAACCAUGAUCCAUAAAGAGCGCUUUAAGAUCGACAUGCCUCACAGGUUUAAGGUGUAUAACUAUAAGAGCCCAACGUUUUGUGAGCACUGCGGGACGCUGCUCUGGGGGAUCGCCCGACAGGGCCUCAAGUGUGAAGAGUGUAGUAUGAAUGUUCAUCAUAAGUGUCAGAAGAAAGUGGCUAACCUAUGUGGAGUAAACCAGAAGCUGAUGGCUGAAGCUCUAGCCAUGAUUGAGGUCACACAGCAGGCACGGACCUCAGGCAGGGAUAAUGAGCUGAGUGGGCGUGAGGGUCCUGUAGGUGUUAGUCAGGCUGGAAUGGUGAAAGAAAGCCAAGGCUGUUUACCAAUUCAUUCACUAACACCUGCUCCACCACUACCACGUAAAGAGCAGCAGGGUAUAGCGUGGGACACCCCGCCGCUGCAGGGGGACAGGCGGAGCUCCAUCGAGACCUCAGAGCCACUGUACGCCGUCCCCCGCAAAGAAUACCACAAAUUCACCCUGGAAGAGUUCACCCUGCACAAGAUGCUGGGAAAGGGCAGCUUCGGAAAAGUGUUUCUGGGAGAGCUGAAGGCCACGGGACAGUUCUAUGCAGUGAAGGCUCUGAAGAAGGAUGUGGUGCUGAUGGAUGAUGAUGUGGAGUGUACGAUGGUGGAGAGGAGAGUACUGUCUCUCGCCUGGGAGCAUCCCUUCCUCACACACCUCUACUGCACCUUCCAGACCAAGGAGAAUCUCUUCUUUGUGAUGGAGUAUCUAAACGGAGGAGAUUUAAUGUUUCACAUCCAGUCCUGCCACAGAUUUGACCUGGUCCGCUCCACGUUUUAUGCGGCUGAGAUUAUCUGUGGGCUGCAGUUUCUACAUUCUAAGGGCAUUGUGUACAGAGAUCUAAAGUUGGAUAAUAUCCUGCUGGAUUUCGAUGGUCACAUUAAAAUAGCUGAUUUUGGUAUGUGUAAGGAGAACAUGCUGGGUGAUGUUCGCACCUCUACGUUCUGUGGAACACCUGAUUACAUUGCUCCUGAGAUUUUGCUCGGGCAGAAAUAUGGCACCUCUGUGGACUGGUGGUCGUUUGGGGUCCUUCUCUAUGAGAUGCUGAUUGGUCAGUCUCCGUUCCACGGCCAUGAUGAGGAAGAACUGUUCCAGUCCAUUCGUACAGAUGACCCCUGUUACCCCCGGUGGCUCACCAGAGACGCGCGGGAUAUUCUAAUUAAAUUGUUCGUUAGGGAGCCAGAGCGGAGGCUGGGCAUUAAGGGCAACAUUCGGCAGCACUCAUUCUUCAGGGACACGGACUGGAACGCACUGGAGAAACGGCAGGUGGAGCCGCCCUUCAGGCCAACUGUGAAAUCUGCGAGUGACUGCAGUAACUUCGACAAGGAGUUCAUAAACGAGAAACCUCGACUGUCCAGCGCAGACCGGACCCUUAUCAACAGCAUGGACCAGACCAUGUUCAAGAACUUCUCCUUCAUCAACCCGGGCAUGGCUCGCCUUAAGAACCCCUGAGAUCCACACAUAUACUGACUUCAGCUCUUCAGUGCCAGUGUAUUUACACUUAUAUAUGUACAAUGAUCCGUUAUAACAUUAAAACCACAUGCCCGAUAUUGUGUAGGUUUAAUAAAUACCUCUGACCUAGCGGGAUAUGGACUCCACAAGACUUCUGAAGGUAUUUUAGAUAAUCCAGUAGAAGUUUUUUUAAUAAUUUUUUUUCUUUUGUUUAUCGUUUAUUACAGUUCAAACAACCUCACUGGCCAAACUCUGGGGCCUAUUGCUGACCCCUGGAUUAAACUAGUUCUCUUAGUCCAAUAAUACAUGUUCUCUCAAGGUCUGUAAACUGAGAAAAAUGUCUUCGAAUGCACCAUAGUGCAUGUCUAGCAGUCAACACCCUCUCACCAAGAGGUGCACUACACAAAGGAAUCUUCUGAUUGGAGUUUUUAGUAAACAAAAAUGCUGAUUUUAUGUGGAUGGGCAGGAAAAACACUGAGUUUUUAAAAAUAUCUAAAUAUGUAUCAUGUGGAUACUGCCUAAACUUCUAAUAUAAUUCUUAUAAACUCCAAUAACAUCCUAAUUAAAAGUCAGUGGAUGUUCUGACUGCCUCAUCGCCUUGUUCAAGGACAAACAGGACACUGGAUCCUCAGCUCUGUAGGAAAAUCUCCUUAUUCUUCCCCAAAAACCAUUCCCCAUAUUUUCACCAGCACUGGCUCUGUUUAAAGCAUACUCAUGUCCUUCACAAGGUCAUUAGUGUAAAAAUUAUGAUGAAGAAGCUGUACGUGAGGAACAGGGAGAGGCUAAAUGUUCCGAAUGCUACUGAAAUAAGACUUAAUUUUAAGGAACACAAGUUAGGUUAGGUUUAAAUGUAGGUCUUGAUCUGUGUUAAACAAGCUUAAAAUAGUAUUUUUAUUUUAUUUUUAAAUGUUUAUUAAACAUUUAGAUUUAAAUAUUCAUCAUGACCAUCAUAGUCCAAUAAAUAAUAAUAAAAUGCAUUAUUCAUUAUUAAUUUUAAUAAUGCAUAGUAAACACUUUGAUAUCACCCUGUUUUAUCCCAAAUAAUUAAUAUGGAUUACAGCUUAAAGUUGCAUGUUAUUAAUGUGUAAUUGGCAAAACUUUGAUUUGUACAAUCAUACAAUGUAAAAUACACUCUCUAUGUGGAUUCAAACACCAAAUGCAAAUUAAGCAAAGACAUUCCUGGGAGAUCUUUGCUGUGUGUGGGUGAGCAUUAUCCUGCUGAAAAAAAAAUGCCAUUUGAAAGCCCUGCAGUUAAAGACAUGUAUCCGCAGGAUGUCCUGCACAUAUCGCUGAGCUGUUAUUGGCCCUGGCUGAUGGAUUGCCUACAUGGUGGAUGUACAAUGCCCCUUUGUAUAAUCACGCUCUCUAAUGAAAAACAUGUAUCUCCAUUUUUGUUGUAGAUUUUUAGUUUCUACAUAUUUUGAACACACAAACUGUCCCUUACAUUACCCAUACAUUGCUGUUUUAAAGAUACAUGUUUUUCAUUAGACAGUGAAGAUAUAGUCUAUUAACUGGACAAAAUGUCUCAGAUUCAGGAAGAGAUAGGUUUAGCAGUAAUCAGUGCACAAGCCCAAAGUAGCAUCUUAUAGCCUAGUAACAUUUUCCCCUUUUCGUACUUGUAUGUGAAGGUCAUGAUAAAUAAAACCUAAUGUAUACUAAAUAUUAAUUAAUGUAUUCAUUUAAACAUAACAAGAACAAAAAAAAACUCAUUUGUGUUGCUUAAAACAAAGAGUUUUCCUGUAUUUGUGUAGAUAUGAUAUAUAAAACAAAUGUUUUAUUUAUACCAGUGUGUGGACUGGUAUUUUCAGUUGCAUGUAUUUAAGUUUCAUUUACUCAGUCGGAUUAACACUCUUUUUUUUUUUUUUAGUAUUAAUGUGAAUUAGUUUUUUUAUCAGAUAUGAAUUGUCGAUGUAGAAAUAUCUGUAGCUCCAUUCAUGUAAAAAUUCUUCUGUUCUAGUGUAUGUGUGCGCAUGUGUGAAUAAUUGAAAUAUUGUAGGUAUUUGCAAGCAUUUAUUGUACGUGCUGUUGUAAUCUGAGUGAAUAAAGUCUUAUAUUGAUUUUUUUGUAUGACAUAUGAAUAUUACAGUACAUUCUGUCAACAAUGUGAAGUAGUAAAAAUGUACAGAUGCAUUCAGUGCUUGUGCUUGUAUUAUUUGGCUUUUUUUUUCUUAUUUGUCUUAAAUCACAGUGAGAAAACAAUUUCAUUUUAAGGUAAUUAAAUUUAGUACACUGUAAAAAACGUGUAAA